UUCCCCUGUUUUCAGGCAGAAAAAAUCUCUUUUCUUUCUCUGCAAGUUUUUCCGUAAUUUCAACACUUCAGAAAGUGACCAGAAUGACUUUUUGUUGUCUGCAUGUUACUUGAUCAUGACAAAAGAUAAAACCCCUGUUUGGGUAUUUCUUCCUGAAGAAGUUUUGGGUUUCUAUCUUCUUCUUCUUUUUUUCUUAAUAUGCCAGCAAAUCGAUUAGAGAUGGUUCUCUGUUUUCUAUUGUUUGGGUGUUGAGAGACACUGCAUAAGUACUAGGGUUUGAUCAGAAUAAACAAUAAUUUCUGCGAAAGAAGGAAAAAGGGACAGCACUCAGCUCAAGUGGGUUGUUUUUCUUUCUUUCUAUUUUCAGUUUUCUUGGGAAUCGGACAGAGGUUUAGGGUUUGGGUUCACCCAGACGAGGUUCUGGGGAUUAAGUUUGAGUGGAACCCUUGGUAAGAUUAAAAGAUGUCGCUCAGAAGAGGGGGUUCUGAACAGCUGCCUCGGCUAACGCGUACUCAGACUGCUGGGAAUCCGGGAGAGACGUUGGACAGCGAGGUGGUUCCUUCCUCACUGGUUGAUAUUGCUCCUAUUCUUCGUGUUGCCAACCAAGUUGAGGCUAGCAAUCCAAGAGUUGCUUAUCUUUGUCGUUUCUAUGCCUUUGAGAAAGCUCACCGACUAGAUCCCACAUCUAGUGGACGUGGUGUUCGUCAAUUCAAAACUGCACUUCUACAGCGACUAGAAAAAGAAAAUGAAACAACAUUGAGCGGAAGGACAAUGAGUGAUGCUCGUGAAAUGCAAAAGUUUUAUCAAGAUUACUACAAAAAAUAUAUUCAAGCGCUGCAAACCGAUAAAGCUGACCGUGCUCGUCUUACAAAAGCAUAUCAAACAGCUGCUGUCCUAUUUGAGGUUCUAAAGGCUGUCAACCAGACAGAGGCUGUAGAAGUUGCCGAUGAGAUUUUGGAAGCUCACACCAAAGUUGCAGAAAAGACACAGAUAUAUGUACCUUAUAACAUUCUUCCGCUGGAUCCUGACAGUCAAGAUCAGGCUAUUAUGAGAUAUCCAGAGAUACAAGCUGCUGUUCUUGCUCUUCGUAAUACUAGGGGUUUACCUUGGCCAAAAGGCUACAAGAAGAAAGUAAAUGAAGAUAUCCUAGACUGGCUCCAGGCUAUGUUUGGUUUUCAGAAGGAUAAUGUGGCUAAUCAAAGAGAGCACUUGAUUCUGCUGCUUGCUAAUGUGCACAUACGUCAGUUUCCAAAGCCUGAUCAGCAACAACCUAAGUUGGAUGAUCGUGCUUUAACAGAUGUGAUGAAGAAGCUUUUUAGAAACUACAAAAAGUGGUGCAAGUACUUGGGCCGGAAAAGUAGCUUGUGGUUGCCAACCAUUCAACAAGAGGUGCAGCAGAGGAAAUUACUGUACAUGGGUCUAUAUCUUCUUAUAUGGGGUGAAGCAGCAAACUUGAGAUUCAUGCCAGAAUGCCUCUGCUAUAUUUAUCACCAUAUGGCUUUUGAACUGUAUGGAAUGCUUGCUGGGAGUGUCAGUCCAAUGACAGGUGAGCAUGUAAAGCCAGCCUAUGGUGGUGAAGAUGAGGCUUUCUUAAGGAAAGUAGUGAAGCCAAUAUAUGACACAAUAGCAAAGGAAGCUAAAAGGAGCAGGGAAGGAAGGGCCAAACAUUCCCAAUGGAGAAAUUAUGACGAUUUAAAUGAAUACUUUUGGUCAGUUGAUUGUUUUCGACUGGGUUGGCCUAUGCGUGCUGAUGCUGAUUUUUUUUGCCUGCUGCCAGAGGAGCUUUUGUCAGACAAUGUUGAGGAAAAGAAACCGGUUAUUGGGGAUCGAUGGAUUGGAAAAAUUAAUUUUGUCGAAAUUCGCUCUUUUUGGCAUAUCUUCCGAAGUUUUGAUAGGAUGUGGAGCUUUUAUAUUUUGUGUUUACAGGCAAUGAUCAUUAUUGCUUCGAAUGGAUCGGGGAAAUUAAGUUCCAUAUUUGAGGGUGACGUUUUCAAGCAAGUUUUGAGCAUAUUCAUAACUGCAGCAAUAUUGAAGUUUGCACAAGCUGUCCUUGAUAUAAUUUUGAGCUGGAAAUCCUUGCGUAGCAUGUCAAAUCAUGUCAAGCUAAGAUAUAUUUUGAAGGUUGUUUCUGCUGCAGCAUGGGUUGUAAUUCUGCCAGUAACUUACGCGUAUAGUUGGAAGAAUCCUACUGGAUUUGCACAGGCCAUUAAGAGUUGGUUUGGCAAUAGUCCAAGUUCACCUUCGUUGUUCAUUGGGGCCGUUCUUAUCUACUUGUCUCCAAACAUUCUAUCUGCAACUUUGUUUUUGUUCCCAUUCAUACGCCGCUUUCUUGAGAGGUCAAAUAAUAGGAUUGUGAUGCUCGUAAUGUGGUGGUCUCAGCCUCGCCUUUAUGUUGGACGAGGGAUGCAUGAGAGCUCCAUGUCACUACUCAAGUACACUUUUUUUUGGGUUCUCCUGAUGGCCUCAAAAUUAGCAUUCAGCUAUUAUGUAGAGAUUAAGCCACUUGUGGGUCCAACAAAGGUUGUCAUGAAAGUUCACAUAAAUUCUUAUCAAUGGCAUGAGUUCUUCCCCCAAGCUAAGAACAACAUUGGAGUUGUGAUUGUACUCUGGGCCCCUGUUAUUCUGGUUUAUUUUAUGGAUACUCAAAUUUGGUAUGCUAUCUACUCAACCAUAUUUGGAGGUAUAUAUGGUGCUUUCCGUCGUCUUGGAGAGAUUCGAACAUUGGUGCUGCUGAGGUCUAGAUUUCAAUCAUUACCAGGUGCUUUUAAUGCCGGCUUGAUUCCAGCAGAAACUAAUGAGAAGCCAAAGAAGAAGGGAUUGAUAGCCACCUUUUCCCGUAAAUUUUCUGAUACCUCACCUAAUAAAGAGAAGGAGGAAGCACGGUUUGCUCAAAUGUGGAACAAAAUCAUCACCAGCUUCAGAGACGAGGAUCUGAUUAAUUACAAGGAAAUGGACCUGCUGCUUGUCCCAUACUGGGCUGACAGUGAUUUGGACCUCAUUCAGUGGCCUCCGUUUCUGUUAGCUAGCAAGAUCCCAAUAGCAUUGGAUAUGGCAAAAGACAGCAGGGGAAAAGACCGUGAUCUGAAAAAGAGAUUGGCAGUAGACAAUUAUAUGCUCUGUGCAGUUUGUGAGUGUUAUUCUUCGUGUAAAAAUAUCAUCAAUUUCUUGGUUCUUGGAGAACGUGAAAAAGAGGUUAUUAAUGAUAUUUUCAAGAAAGUUGAUGAACAUAUAAAGAAUGGAACUUUGAUUAAAGAACUGACUAUGAGUGCCCUUCCCAGCCUUUAUGAACAGUUUGUAGAGUUAAUCAAUUACUUGUUGGCCAAUAAGAAAGAGGAUAAGGAUCAAGUUGUCAUUGUUUUUCUCAACAUGCUGGAGAUUGUAACCAGGGACAUUAUGGAGGAUGAGCUUCCAAGUUUACUUGAUUCAAGUCAUGGUGGAUCUUAUGGACAGCAUGAGAGGUUGACUCCCCUUGACCAACAGUAUCAGUUUUUCGGUCGGCUAAACUUUCCAGUUAUGCCUGAAACAGAGGCUUGGAAAGAAAAGAUCAGAAGGCUCCAUCUGUUGCUUACAGUGAAGGACUCUGCUAUGGAUGUGCCAGCUAACCUAGAAGCUAGAAGACGCAUUUCUUUCUUCUCCAAUUCUUUGUUCAUGGAAAUGCCUACUGCACCCAAAGUCCGAAAUAUGCUUUCCUUCUCAGUCCUAACUCCUUACCACUCAGAAACAGUUCUUUACUCCAUCAAUCACCUAGAAGAGCCGAAUGAAGAUGGGGUUUCUAUCCUAUUUUACUUGCAAAAGAUCUUUCCAGAUGAAUGGACGAACUUUCUUGAACGAGUUGAAUGUGCUAGCGAAGAACAGCUUCGAGCAACGGAAGAACUGGAGGAAGAAUUGCGUUUAUGGGCUUCAUAUAGAGGCCAAACAUUGACUAAAACUGUUCGAGGGAUGAUGUAUUAUCGGAAAGCAUUGGAGCUUCAGGCUUUCCUUGAUAUGGCAAACAAUGAAGAUUUAAUGAAAGGCUACAAGUCCAUUGAAUUGAAUAGUGAGCAACAAUCGAAGGGUGAAAGGUCAUUGUUGGUUCAGUGCCAGGCGAUAGCUGAUAUGAAAUUUACCUAUGUGGUAUCCUGCCAGCAAUAUGGAAUUCAUAAACGAUCUGGUGAUCGUCGUGCUGCAGAUAUAUUGAAGCUUAUGACAACGUACCCAUCUCUUCGCGUUGCUUACAUUGAUGAAGUAGAAGAAACUAGUAAAGAUAAAACCAAAAGGACAAUUGAGAAAGUUUAUUAUUCAGCUCUUGUCAAGGCUCCUCUACCAACCAAGCCUAUUGAUUCUUCUGAGCCAGUUCAAAAUUUGGAUCAGGUUAUCUAUCGAAUAAAGCUUCCUGGACCUGCAAUUUUGGGCGGGGGGAAGCCAGAAAAUCAAAAUCAUGCCAUAAUUUUCACCCGCGGAGAAGGCCUGCAAACAAUAGAUAUGAAUCAGGAUAACUACAUGGAAGAAGCCUUGAAAAUGAGAAACUUGCUGCAAGAAUUUCUUACCAAGCAUGAUGGCGUGAGAUAUCCAACCAUACUUGGACUUAGAGAGCAUAUAUUCACUGGCAGUGUUUCAUCCCUUGCAUGGUUUAUGUCAAAUCAGGAGACUAGUUUUGUAACAAUUGGGCAGAGAUUAUUGGCCAGCCCUUUGAAAGUUCGGUUCCACUAUGGUCAUCCGGAUGUAUUUGAUAGACUGUUUCAUCUGACUAGAGGUGGUGUCAGCAAAGCUUCUAAAGUCAUCAAUUUGAGCGAGGACAUAUUUGCAGGUAUUAAUUCCACAUUACGCGAAGGAAAUGUCACUCAUCAUGAAUAUAUACAAGUUGGUAAGGGGAGGGAUGUGGGCCUUAACCAGAUAUCUAUGUUUGAGGCAAAGAUAGCUAAUGGGAAUGGUGAGCAGACAUUGAGCCGCGACAUAUAUCGUCUUGGGCAUCGGUUUGAUUUUUUCCGGAUGCUGUCCUGUUAUUUCACUACAAUUGGCUUCUAUUUUAGCACCUUGUUAACUGUCCUCACAGUCUAUCUGUUUCUUUAUGGCCGCCUUUAUCUCGUCCUUAGUGGUCUUGAAAAAGGAUUACGUACUCAGCCAGCAAUUCGAGAUAAUCAAUCUCUUCAAGUGGCUAUUGCUUCUCAGUCCUUAGUUCAAAUUGGGGUUUUGAUGGCCUUGCCUAUGAUGAUGGAAAUCGGUUUAGAAAAGGGCUUCCGUACUGCAUUAAGUGAUUUUGUAUUGAUGCAAUUACAGUUAGCGUUUGUAUUUUUCACAUUUUCUCUUGGAACAAAGACACACUAUUAUGGGAGGACAUUACUCCAUGGGGGAGCACAAUAUAGAAGUACAGGACGUGGUUUUGUCGUUUUCCAUGAAAAGUUUGCUGACAACUAUCGGCUCUAUUCUCGCAGCCAUUUUGUCAAGGGAUUUGAGCUUUUGAUUCUCCUCCUUGUGUACCACAUUUUAGGCCAUUCAUUUAAAAGUACAGUUGCAUAUAUCUUGAUCACCGUAUCAAUAUGGUUCAUGGUGGGGACAUGGCUUUUUGCCCCUUUCCUCUUCAAUCCAUCCGGCUUUGAGUGGCAAAAGAUUGUCGAUGACUGGACAGAUUGGAAUAAAUGGAUCAAUAAUCUCGGAGGGAUUGGUGUCUCUCCUCAAAAAAGUUGGGAAUCCUGGUGGGAAACAGAGCAAGAUCAUCUCCGUUAUUCUGGGAAGCUUGGUAUCAUAGUGGAGAUAUUGUUGGCAUUGCGUUUCUUCAUCUUUCAAUAUGGGCUUGUGUAUCACCUCUCAUUUACGAAGCAAACCCAAAGUUUUCUGGUAUAUGGCGCUUCAUGGGUGGUCAUCGCUGGAGUGUUGUUGGUGCUGAAGGUUAUUUCUGUUGGAAGGAGACGAUUUAGUGCAGACUACCAACUUUUGUUUCGACUUAUUCAGGGUGUCAUAUUCAUCACAUUCCUUACUAUUCUCAUUGUCCUGAUUGUCCUUUCUCAUAUGACUCUACAAGACAUCAUCUUGUGCAUUCUUGCUUUCAUGCCAACUGGAUGGGGAUUGCUAUUGAUUGCGCAAGCAUUGAAGCCCCUGGUCAAACGAACUGGAUUUUGGGGAUCGGUACGAACGCUUGCCCGUGGUUAUGAAAUAAUAAUGGGUUUGCUACUAUUCACCCCUGUUGGAUUCUUGGCGUGGUUUCCAUUUGUUUCCGAAUUCCAAACUCGUAUGCUGUUCAACCAAGCAUUUAGCAGAGGUCUGCAGAUCUCCCGUAUUCUUGGUGGACCAAGGAAGGACAAGGAUCGCUCUUCAAAAAGCAAGGAGUAACACUUCCACAGAUCAGCCUCUCACCAAUUAUAGUAAGAUUGUAUAUAUAUGUUCACCCUGACAAUAACUUAUGACAUUUGCCGAGGAAAAUGAUUUUUGGUGUGUAUAGAUAGCUCAAAUAUGUGUGUGUGUGUGUGUGUGUGUGUAUUACUGCUGUUGUAAAAAGGUGACUAGUACGUUUGCUGAGCAUGGCUGGCCCUUACUUCUAUAUCUGGUUUUUGUUCAAAACAAAAUAAAUUUAUGAAUAAUAUUUCCACUGCAAAAUGAAA